ACAUUUUCCACAUUUUACCCUUGGUUUUCCCAUGUUUUUAUUUUUCAGACUGGAGAAAAACUUUUUGAACUUCAUGGACACACACACAAAAUUACAGCUAUAACACCAUUUUCUUCAUCAGAUGCUUCUGAAGAAAAAAAACAUUUGAUUUUAACAGCAUCAGCUGAUAGAACGGUUAUUGUUUGGGACUGCACGAGUGGCAGACAGGUUCAGAAAGUGUCAUGUUUCCAUUCUACUGUAAAGUGUUUGACAGUUCUUCGAAGACUGGAUGUAUGGUUGUCUGGAGGGAGUGAUCUAUGUGUUUGGAACCGAAAAUUAGAUCUCUUGUGUAAGACCAGUCAUCUUACUGAUGCAGGUAUCAGUGCUUUGGUUGAAUUGCCUAAAAAUUGUGUUGCAGCAGCUGUCGGCAAAGAGCUGAUCAUUUUUAGGUUGAUUGCUUCUAAUGAUGAAUCUGAAGGUUGGAAUAUCCUUGAAGUAAAACGACUUGUUGACCAUCAGGAUAACAUUUUGUCAUUAGUCAGUGUCAAUGAUUUGACUUUUGUGACAGGUUCUCACGUGGGUGAGUUAAUAGUUUGGGAUGCACUUGACUGGACAAAGCAGGCAUCUGAGUGCAACUUCUGGGACUCCUCUGUCCAUCCAGAUGUACAGUCGGAAAUAAAGUUAUCCCAGAGCCCAAAUGAAACUUCAGUUCAACACUUAACAUCUGAUGAGGAGGUAAAAAGCUUUAAGCAGAGUAAAGUACUUCAAUGUGUGUUUGCUGCUGUUGGGAAAGGCAUAUACGUAUAUAAUCUUCAAAUGAAGCGUGUGAUUGCCUCCCAGAGAACUGCUCAUGACUCCUCUGUACUGCACAUUGAGAAGCUUCCAAACAGGUACGAGUCAUGGCAGCUGAUCUCCUGUUCAGAAGAUGGCAGUGUGCGCAUUUGGGAGCUCCGAGAAAAGCAGCAGCUGCCAGCUGAGCCAGUUCCAACAGGUUUUUUCAACAUGUGGGGAUUUGGAAGGGCAAACAAGCAGGCAAACCAAGCUGCUAAGAAGAUGCAGGAAAACAUACCUAUGUAUUUCUUGGAGCUGGUUGGUGAUUUGAUCGGUCAUUCAUCAGCUGUGCAGGUAGGUCAGCUUCAGUAA